CCUUUUGUAAGCCGCUUGCAGGUGGUUCGUCUCGUUUCCGUAUCGGUUGCUAGCAAAAAGGACCGAGAGCAAAUGGCUGUGGCUGUGCCAAGAGCUAGGGGAACAUUUCGGUUCUAAUUUUCCAUUUUUCGUAUCACGGUUUAUUUUACACGGCAAUCGGUUGCAAAUAUAAAUGUAUAAAAUGCAAGUGUGUCGAGUGUAGCUUUGUGUGUACGAUUGAACAUGAACGCUGUUUCGGUUCAAUGAUGAAAAUUUAUUAGCCGAAAGAUAGUGAUCAUAACACAUAUCAAGCAGUGAUUAAAAAUAUCGAGCCCUUUAGCGUGCCUGGUGGUUGAUGAAGAAAGUAAAAUCGAACCUGAUUUCGACCCCGUCGAGUGGAAAUCUGUGUAAAAUUGCCAUGACGCGACUGUACAACAAAUUGCUGCAAUAGUAUAGGAAUGUUCAACGUUGAUUCUUUUUGAGCAGGAAAAGCACAAUGUUUUCACAAUUGAUGUUCAUUUAUCACAAGCGUUAACUAGCAGCAUUAGCUGAUGUGACUAGAGUGUGUGCCAUUUUUUUGUCGGUGUGAAAAAUACAAGUGUAAGUCAUGGAUCAGCAUCAGUCCGUUGCCUUGAAGGAAACGUAUACGCGUCCCGCUGGUGUAGAAUCAUCCAACACGCAUCUUUUUCGUGCAAACCAUACAAAACCGCCUGAAAUACCUGUCCGUGUCGGUGCAGGGAGUGUUAAAGCACCAGAAAUACCUCCAAAGAAUCUCACGAAACGACCAACCACUAUUGGAGCUCCCAGCAAGGAUGAAAAUAUUCCUAGCGCUGGUUUCUCGCAACGUGUUGCACCAAACCGUGCGCCUCCCUUGCCGCAAAAGUUGGCAAACGCUGCGCAGGGUAGCAUCAACAGCACUACAAUUAUUCAACCAGUGCCACAACCCGUUGGUUCUAGUGUGGGAGUGUCUGGAGGGAUUGCUGUAACAACAACAACAGCAGCAGCAGCAGCAGCGGCAUUGGUAGCUCCUAUGCCAGCUAGGACUAUUGAUGCAAUAAGCAAGGAUCGUCCAGUUACUGCUAAGACGUCAAAACCUGCUAAGCUAGAAGAUUAUGGGUCGGAGGAUGCUCUACGAGGCAUUGAGAGCGGUUUGCGAAAUGUUGAAAGAGCCAUCAAAGAGCAAAUGAGCUUACGGUCUUCUGUAGAGUUAGAGGAGCACCAAAAUAACAUCACGCAUCAAGUGAAAUAUGGACGCUUGGAUCUGAUGGGCAAACAUACAAAUUCGAUGGGAUCAGCCACGUCUUUGGAUAAUCCGUUUGAUGCCGCGCCAGCUUCUGCUCCCGGCAUUGCACAAGGGUUUAAGUUUGAUCGGUUCGAUCAGAAUUCCAAGCAAAUCGGAUUGGAGCGUGGUGUUAGCAUGGAGAAAUUGCGCUACGAUGCUGGUGGAUCAGGCUCAUUUCACGAUCAUAGCUCGAAUGGCACCGAACACGUCAUGCCGCAAAGACCGAUGGACCAUCAGUUUCGGUCGCUGGAUCGCCAUCUGCCGCUCGAAUUGCAGUACGGAAACAGCCAACAGCAGCGGCAACGUUCACAAGAAAUGGAAUUUAUCAAACAACAACUACUUCCUGUUAUUGCACGAAACAAAGAAACAAACAGCUUAAACCGUCAAAUGGGACUUUCUAAGGACGAUCUUCGAACAAGAAGACGCUCAUCUCAUGAUGAGAGCCUUUUUUCGAUGAACAAUUCAGCUCCUCGAAUGAAAGAGCAAUGGGAGGAUACAAACCAGUCGGUAAUGCAACGCAAAACCCAACUAACGGCAAUGCUUGGCGACUCUCAAAGAUACGAAGCAAAGCGCCUGGAAAUAGACGCUUGGUUAAGUAGGAUGGAGACAAUAACGGAACGGAUGGGACCAGUAGCAACGACGGCCGACGUAUUGGACAUUCAACAAAAAGAGCAAAAGUCGUUUCAUGCGGAGCUGCAUAAAUUUAAUCAUCAAAUUGAGUUAUUCAACCAACUGACCCAAAAGUUAAUAUCAGUCUACCAGUGUGACGAUACAUCGAGAAUUAAGCGUAUGACGGAAUCAAUCAACUUGAGGUACAAUAACUUAAAUAACUCCAUCAUAUCAAGAGGAAAACAGCUUCAUGCCGCCAUCCAUUCAUUGCAAACAUUUGAUCGUACAUUUGAACAGUUCCUUGGUUGGCUGAGUGAAACUGAAUCUUUAUGUGAAAACACUGAAACCGAAGCAGAAAGGAAUCCGCAUUGCUUAAAGGAUUUGCAAUCUGAAAUCGACGCAAACCGCAAGGUUUAUGAAGGAUUGGAUAAUACUGGACGUAAAUUGCUGCGCUCACUAACUUCCCAGGAAGAUGCAGUGAUGUUGCAGCACAAGCUAGAUGAAAUGAAUCAACGCUGGAAUCAUCUGAACUCGCGCAGUGCUGCCAUCAGAAAUCGGCUGGAAUCUAACUCUGAUCACUGGAAUGCUUUAUUACUUUCGUCGCGCGAGCUUACCGAAUGGGUAAUUCGAAAAAAUACCGAACUGACCUCAAUCGGUUUUGGCUCGAUCAAUGGAGACUCCAACAGUUUACAAAUGCAGCUGGAUGAACACAAAGCAUUUCGCCGGCAGCUUGACGAUAAGCGGUCAAUCAUUGAAAACAAUCUAAUGAAUGGAAGGCAAUACAUAUCCAAUGAAUCACCACUCUCUGAUGCCAGCGAUUCCGAAGCGAUUGACGAAACAAUGUAUAUUUCUACGGAAGAGCAAAAUCGUAUCCUCAGCCGAAGCAUACGCAGAGAGGUCAACAAACUGUCGGAACAGUGGAGUUUGUUGAUUGAAAGGUGUGAUAAAUGGAAGCAUCGUCUGGAUGAAAAUAUAACGAAAAUGCGCCAGUUCCAAAAAAUCUUGGAAGAUCUAAGUUCGCGAGUAGCAUCAGCCGAGACAAUUACACAUUCAUGGACGACCCCAGCUCCUGGAUCAGACACAACAGAAGAAAUGCAACAUUUGCAGCGCUUGAAAGACAAACUUACAACAGCAAAUGCACUACUGGAUGACUGCAACGAGCAGCAGAAUUUUUUCUCGUCUUGUCGAGUAAUUGUUCCGAGCCCUUAUUUGGCAAAACUAGAGGACAUUAACACACGUAUGAAGCUUUUGCACAUUGCUGUGGAAGAGCGAUUCAAGGUACUGCAGCAAAGUAUGCAAACAACUGCCGAAGAUGGUAUAGUUGGGAUCCACCAUGAGGAGGGUGGCAAAUUUUCAAAACCUCUUCACAUUGCCGCCGGAAGUUCGACUGUUCCAAACUUAGAGAAAAGUGUCCAAAUACCAUGGGAACGUGCAGUGACACCUGCUAAUGUGCCUUAUUAUAUCAAUCAUGAACGCGAAAGCACACAUUGGGAUCAUCCAGAAAUGAUAGAACUAAUGAAAUCACUGGCUGAUUUGAAUGAAGUCCGUUUUUCAGCAUACCGUACUGCUUUGAAGCUCCGUACUGUGCAGAAAAAGCUAGCGUUUGACCGUUUGAAUAUGAGUGUAGCGAUUGAAAUAUUUGACCGAUAUGGCUUACGUGCACAAAAUGACAAGCUAAUUGAUAUUCCCGAUAUGACAACGAUUUUAAAUUCAUUGUACACAACGCUUGAACCCAUCGAUCGAGCAGUAAUGCUUGAUUUAGCUAUCAAUUGGGUUCUCAAUGUGUAUGAUUCACAGCGUACGGGACAAAUAAGGGUGCUCAGUUUCAAGGUGGGUUUGAUUUUACUGUGCCGUGGCCAUCUGGAGGAAAAAUACCGUUACCUUUUCCGAUUGAUUGCUGACCUGGAAAAAAAGGUAGACCAACGAAAAAUGGGGCUGCUGUUGCACGAUUGUAUACAAGUGCCCCGCCAGUUGGGAGAAGUUGCUGCGUUUGGUGGAUCAAAUAUUGAACCUUCAGUUCGAUCGUGCUUCGAACUCGCUGGAGGCGUUAAUCAAAAUGGAGAGCUGACGGAGACAGCCAUUGAGGCGCAGCAUUUCCUUAGUUGGCUACAACAUGAACCGCAAAGCAUUGUAUGGCUUCCUGUACUUCAUAGACUUGUUGCAGCUGAAACUGCAAAACAUCAAGCAAAAUGUAACAUAUGCAAGGAGUACCCAAUUGAAGGCUUUCGGUACCGCUGCUUGAAAUGUUUCAAUUUCGAUAUGUGCCAAAAGUGUUUCUUCACUGGUCGCAGCACAAAGAACCAUAAGCUCAGUCAUCCUAUGCAUGAAUACUGCACCACGGCUACAUCAACAGAAGACGUUAGAGAUUUCACAAGAGCAUUAAGGAACAAAUUUAAGAGUCGAAAGUAUUUUAAGAAACACCCCCGCGUGGGUUACCUUCCCGUUCAAAGUGUUUUAGAAGGAGACGCUUUGGAAAGUCCUAUACCCAGCCCGCAGCACGGAACGCAUACACUACAAAAUGAUAUGCACUCCCGUCUGGAAAUGUACGCUUCUCGAUUAGCGCAAGUUGAGUGUGGAACUAGAUCAAAUUCUACACCGGAUAGUGAUGAUGAGCACCAACUGAUUGCGCAGUAUUGUCAAGCAUUACCCGCUGCAAAUGCUGUUGGAAACAGUACGGGAAGCGGUGGGCCGAAGUCUCCCGUUCAAGUGAUGGCUGCAAUGGAAGCGGAACAGCGCGAAGAGUUAGAAACCAUGAUAAAGGAGCUGGAAGAAGAAAAUGCGAAUUUGCAAGCGGAGUAUGAGAAACUUAAGGCAAAGAAAACAAGCACACCCAUCACUACACCGGACGAAGGAUAUAAAACUCCAACAUCGACAUCUAAUGCCAUUGUCUCAUCUGUGACCACAUCAUCAUCUGGAGGAUCGGACAUGGUUACCGAGGCCAAACUACUCCGACAACACAAAGGACGAUUAGAAGCAAGGAUGCAAAUAUUAGAAGACCACAAUAAACAGUUGGAGGCACAGUUACAACGUCUUCGACAAUUGCUGCAUGAGCCAACAAUUCCUAAACCACAAACGCUGCAAACUCGGUCCGUCACAGCAUCACAAUUGAAUACCGAUUCGCCGGCCAAAAUGCAACACAAUGGACAUUAUGAUCAUAAGAUGUCUUCGGAAUCCUCUCAAAAACCAGCUUCAUUUUAUGGCGCCGUCGGAGGAGGCAGCGUAAACGGAUUCUUGUCAAUGGCAGGCGAAGAAAUGAGGCAACGUGAGCAAUACAGUGUGGAUGCAUUUGAUAAGACGGGUGCUGGAGUAGCUGCUGUCACCAAUGCUUUUGCCGCCAAUAAACCUGCUGGAUCUAAUGGAGGUGGCGUUGGUAUUGGGAGUAGUGGUGCAAAUAGUAAUAUCAUGUCAUCCGAAUAUACUAUGGAUGAGCGACCACCUCCGCCACCCCAUUCAAGUUUGUUGCACAUGGCCGGAAGAAUACAACGACCUCAAUAAAGCUGUGGAGGAAUUGGUGCACAUCAUGACGACGGAGUCAAAAGAUGAUUUGCAAAACGAUAGCACAAACGUUGGACUGCAAUAAACAAUAAGGUAGUAGUGGUAGUGCGUAUCGCUAAAAGAUAGCUAAUUAACCCGAUUGUCUAAUUCGAUCGAUAUCCUAUUGGGAAACAUAGUCAUGCAUAUCCUUUACGUAUCAUGAAAUAAUUACAGGCUUUUGAAUUGAAUAGCUAACAUCUAGUAACAAACAGGCAUCAUUUGGAAACACACACGUUGCUCCAAUUGCCGAUUUCACACUCGAUAGCGAAGUUCGUGUUUCACAAAUAUUUAUAUUAUUAUUAUUAGUUAUUGAUCCAAGUAUGAUAUCCAUCAUUGGUACGGACAUUAUCUAUUAUACAAAGAUAUAUCCUAUAUACGAAAAAUAUGCAUACAUGCAAAUAAUUUUAACAAAGCCACAUAGCUUACCUUCAGCUAAAUAACCAUUCAUAUCAUAUGAUGCAUAAUGUUAACUAUCGUAAAAAGGCAAAAAGGUUACGCGCAACAACUGACGAUACGUUUUUCAUUCAUUUAAUUUGUGCUGCGUUUCCUCUGCUUAGUUUAGCAAGUUUAACAAAGCGACUUUUUAAAGUAUGUUUCGUAACAUGUUAUAUAUCUUGUAUGCUCUUGUAUGAAAAGUGUAGUAAAUCAUACUUUCCUGUUGGUUUUGUUGCAAUCAUUGCUAUUAAAGUGUUAUUUUCAUCAGAUGAUAAAAAAAUGUGAAUUAUAUUGAAUAAUUUUAAUUUUUUUUAUAAAGAUUUCCAUAAAUAGAUUUCAAAAGAUGGCAUUCUAUGUAAUAAAAGAAGGCAAAAUAGAAACACCAAAAAAAAUUGCAACUUAUCAGCGCGUAACAUUUAUUUUGCGUGGUGAUUUUAAUUAGUAAUAUUAAAUUAUUCGUCGAAAAAAAUGUUUGUUUAUUGUGAAGACAAGUAAACAUCGUUCUAAAAAAGUAUUAACAAAAAUGCAAUACAUUUCGCACAUAAUGAUUCAACAUCGAACAGUUUAAAAUGUAUCGUUGUGUAGAGGUGACCAUGAUAAGAAAAUGCAAAUAAGUCGACAAAAAAAUGAAUGUAUUCCGAUAAUGAAAAUUCAACAUUCAACUCUGUUCAACGAAUUUUGUGCUUUGUCGUUUGUUUAGCGACAUACCAUACAUAUCAAAGACACAAUAACAACUGGAAAAUAGCGUAACAAUCUGAUCGAUUAAAAGUGGAUAUUAACUUGAAGAAUAAAAAAAAACAGGAUAAUAAAAUGAUUAAACCAAAACAAAUGGUGUCAAUCGCAUUAAGUUUACGGAAAGGCAAAUUGAAAACGUCAUACAUUUCACAUAAGUCGAAUCCAAAAUGAAAUAAGAAGGAUCGUUUAGUUAUAUGUCGUACUACCAUACAAAAGACACUUUACUAACCUUUAUAUAGACAUAUCUUCCAUUUUUUUACAAACCGGAUACUACAACUCCAUAAAUUCUCGACAUUAGUGAAACAUAUUAACAAACCUGUAAUGCCAUCUUUCUAUGUAGACGCAUUGUUAUUAAAACAUCCAAACUAAGCAGUAGUUAAAUAUUCUUAUGACAUUAACAAAAACAAAACAAAAAAACAUUACCUUCGCAUUACCUGUACUAUUGCACUCCGGCAAAUAACAUUUUCUAAAACAAGUUUGACCCCAUUCCCAUAAGUAUUCAGCGGUAUUUGAAAUUAUCGUCAAUAUGUGCGAGUGCGAGUGCAAUUCCUAAGCAAUUGUUUGAAGAGGGCCCAAGGAAAACUCUAUACCUAUUACACAUAAACGAAACGAACAUGACAGGGAAACAACAAUGAUAAUAGUCGUCAGUAUAAUAAAUGCUUUGAUCGCAA